CUUAUGACUAGAAUAUUAUUUUUUUAUUUUUUUAAUUACGAGAACUUCUGAAGAAGCAUAGAUCUGACCAUAACACCAUAGUGUAUAGGUUUCUAUAAAGGGAAGUAGAGGGGUCGAACUAAUAGCAGAGAAAUUCAAUUACAGAAGUGUUCUAGAUGCAGAACAAAACAAGAAAAGGUAGGCUGACAACGAUGGUGAAUUAAGAACGCAAUUGAGCUGUAAGUGUUGGAAAAAGAACAGAUAAAUUAUGGAUUGAAGUAGAAAGCAACAGUACUGUAGACAGAAAAAUAAAGAAAUAUCUAAGGCUGUGAUACUCAUUAUUACGGAGGACAAAUGGAGUGGGAGAUACAUACAGGCAGCAGGUAAAAAAGUACUCUCAUCAGAGAGCAGAAAGAGAACCGAGAAUAGAAAGAGGAAUACGUAGAGGUCAAAAGCUAGCUUAAGACAAAGGCAUACAAAGCUGAGACAGCAAGAGCACAGAGGCAACACAAAAAAAGUUGUGCAAAUGGGAAGCACCGACAGUGAGAGACCUGUUGUACAAUCACAGAAAACCUGCAGAUCUGACACGGAGAGAGAUGUCCAACUUAUAAUGGAGACAUUUGACAGAGGUGAGUGUCCAAAGUUCAUUGCUGCUUUCUGUUUCCUGCCCUUUUUCUCAUUUUGAACUAUUUAUUCUACAGCUAGAGAGUACUUUAAUAUUGUACUGUGACCUAUUAAUGUACACAUUGCUCUUUAAAAAAAAAUUGCGAUAGCAAUUACUUAAGAUGGGAUGUAUAUAUAACAUAUAUCUCUCACGUAAAAUAAAGCAUCAAUUGCAUUGCUAGUUUUUCAUUUAUUUGCUAAUCCUUUAGAGUAUUAAUCAUUUUAAAGAUAAUAUGGAAUCCCUUUUCGGUGUCCAAAAUCUUAGUAUAGAAUCAAAAAGCCAAUAGUAUCACAUACAGUAUCUUUUGUUUAUCCAUAUUGACAUGACAGAUACAUUUUAACAUUUCUGGUGUUUUCAAUAUAUAUAUACAUUUCGAGCAUUUGUAAGUUUACUAACUGUCAUAUAUUUCCUGGCAUUGUUUAGACAGUUGCCAUUUCCUAUUCGGUUUAUAAUGUUGCAUCCUUUAAAUGUUUAUAACUUGUUUGAUCACUUAAACAUCAAGAAACAGGAAGUUAGAUUGUUCUUUAAACAAGAAAUGUGUAGCAACUAGAAUCUCAUCUGACACAGCUGGGGACUUUAACUUUAAUGCUCUACUUUGUUUGCUGCUUUUUGCCACAGCCCUCCUCCUUACACUCUGCCGUGUGGUACUCCAAAUGUUGUUGGUGUGGAUUAUUCUUCCCAUAAUGCUGUACCAAUAACUGUUGCAUAUGAAAUGUUUAAAGUUACUAACGCAAUUUUAAACCUUUCACAGUAAACUUUGUCCAGACUAGGAAGUGGUUGAAAUCUAUAGGUCACUCCUAGCCACGUAUUAUAUUCAAUGGAAGUGCUAACUAUAUCCCAUAAACCCCUGCUUAGCUCAGGAGAGCUUAACAGAAUUUUCUCCUUAGGAACCUCUGGCUUUACAAAGGUAGUAGUGGAGGCAAAAACACCAGGUAAGAAGUCAAACUGUCCAAAAAACAUUUUCGAGCAGUAGAGGUUAUUUACUUAUAGUGUUCAUGCAAUAGUUUUCCUUUGUUUAUGCAGAAUGUGUGUGGUUAAAAGCCAUGAAAGGCCUGCACAGGGAAGUGGGAGUCUAUAUAGUGUACACUCACACUCUGAGUCCUCAACAUAAAAGUUAAAUGUAUUUCUUUGAUAGGGUUGGCUUAAAUUUGAAGUAGUUUUUUUUUUUUUUGUUUGUUUGUUUUUUACUCAUACUGCUGUUUGCUAACACAAACAGUGCAGCUAAAAAACAAAAAUUACAAAUAAAUCGGGACACCAUACCACCAUAAUCUAUGCAAGGACUAUCAGGUGUUUGAAGGGUUCCUUUAAAACAUUAGUUACAAAGGGGUCCUCUUUUCUCAUGUAACAAAGCUACAGCAUGUUUUGCUACAAUUAUCACUUGAGGAUUGUCAGCAAAGCGGUCAGCUUCGAACUGCAUAAAUAUUUAACAACCCUUGUGUCAACUAAUGAUGGAAUAAAGCCCACAGAGAGCAAGUGAAAUAAAUGUCCAAUUAGAAUCUGUAAAAAAAUGUCAUAUUCCAUACGUUACUUAUAAAUAUUUUAUUAUUUAUUUUAUAAAAAGUCUGCUGUAUAGAUGAUAAACACAGGGUACAGGUCACUUUAAACAAUGUUAUCACUGUGCAGAUAAUAUGUUGAAGCAGGCAUUUUAAAGGAAAUCUGUCAUCAUUUUUUUAAUAUUAUUUAUAAUAAAAGAUAACAUGUUUUAUGGCCUUUGUGGAAUUUAUGUAGGCAAAAGCAAAUCACUAUUUUCAAUGCAUCUACCGGUUCACCCUUGCUCAAUGAUGGUGACCAUUUUCAAGUCCUCUUUGGUCAGAAAUACAAAAGUAGGAUGAAUACUCAGAUAGAUUUAUUGUUGAAUCAAGGAUAAAAUAGAGAUACGAUAUUUCAGCCAUGAGGCCUAAAUCAUGGAUGAAACAUUGUAUUUUUGUUUUAACCUUGAUUCCACAAUAAACGUAUCUGAGUAUUCAGCUUACGCUGUGCAGCCAGUUGCCCUUCACCUUUGGAUGCAUUUUAAAGGUUAUCAGACCUUUGGUUACUAAUACCGGUGUGCAACAAUUCACUAGUGGUCUGGUCGGAAAUCCAGCUUAUCCGGCCAAAGACCAUGCACGUAAUUAAGAGUUGGUCUGCAUUCACAUCAAAAUGCAUUCUGAGAUGGUUUCAGACCUUCAAAUUGUGCAUGGUCUUAAAUACCUUCUGACCAAGAUAGUUUCUGUUUCCUGACCAAGCCUUUUUAUUAUCAGUUCCCUCUCUCUUUUUUUGUUACCAAGUAGCUUUAUAUCAUAGGAAACUCAAUCCACAAUAACGAGAGUGCCAUAGGCUAAUCUACACUAUUUUGCACCCAUGACUUUCAUUUCAACUGCUUUUAUUGCUUUUUUUUUACAUUUCUCUCUGAAUUUACACAGGUACAUAUCUAGCUCAGGCAGAAGAACCCAAGAUCCCGACACAAUGCAGCAGAGAGGAGCUGCUUGAGUCUAUAAAGGUGCAAAUAUCAGAAUUAUCUUUUGCACGUCUUUCUGUUUCACAUCUUCCCUUUUCAAUGAUUAACUUCCAUUCCCACAGAUAGUUCUCCCUGUAUAUAUACUACAUUGAUUACCACCUACAUGGUUAUUCAUUAAAGUGAGAAUUCAAACUGAAUUUUAAAUGUAUGGUCAAUUUACAAUAAAUGGACACAUUCUCUAAAUUCAUCUUUGCAUUCCAAUUGGGAAUUUAAAUUAUAAAUGUACUCUGAAUUCUCACUUUAGCUAAUAACCAUGUGUCAUGAAGGAAUGGAAAGUACAUUCAGAGUGAAUUUUAAGGCAAAUUGAAACAUAUCUCACCUAAGCAAUAUUGCUCAUUCUGCUAUUUUGACCUAAUUCAUGGUGAAUUCCUAAAAUAAAACAAAACAAAAAAACUUUAGGGAAUAAUCCUGUUAGCCUUUUAUUUACACUAUGCUAUGACUAUAACUUUGAGGCAUAUGUUUAUUUGAAUUGACUGUGAAAUACAUGUUUUUUUUUUUUUUUAAAAACAACUAAUUAUAGGGUAAAGUUAUGAAAAGUAAAAAAAUGUUUGUAAAAAAUAAUUGGAAUAUUCCUGUUAAUUGCACUCCAGUUUUUAUGUUGCCCCAGAAGUGAUCUGCAUACAUGCUUGCCCUACCUCAUUUUAUAUCUUGCAUUUUUACAAAAAAAGUUACAGCAUUAGCAGCUUUUAAAAUAGUAGACGAUUGCUGCACUAUUAUAUUUUGGUAAAACAAAUGUAAAGGUUUAGCCUGUUUGUCCAACAUCAUUUCAGCUUCUCUAUAAUCUCUAUUUCAGCAUUCACCAACUAACCUUCUCUAUUUCGAACUCACAGAACCUGCAGAAUGAGAUAACUGAAAUAGUGGCUGAUAUUGAUGAUUUUGAGCAAAUGGAGCAGAGGUGAGCGCGGGAGAGUAUGCUUGGGGGAAUUACACACUGCAGACAGUGUGAUUGAGAGAAUUAACAGAAUAUGUAAAGAAUGGACUGUGAUGUGAAAACUUACAGCAGAUCAUUCCUUCUCUUAGACGCAAAAUCCAAAAGGAGAAUGAGCUGUACCGAGCUAGCAGAAAAUUUAAUAUGGACCCAGAAAAGGUAGGUAGGUCGUGGAACAAGACCUCUAGAAUUGAACUCCUAUGACCUAGACUGUUAUCAGUUUAUUUAGAGUUUUAUGACAUAUCUGCCUGCAGACUCUCUUAAAAAGCACAUACAAACCCAGAAUUACAAUACAACAUUAAGAAAGACAAAGAGCACCAUGGAGAAAUGGUAGGCUGGUAAUAUGGAUCACUUUAGAGGCACUGGGCAGAAUAAAUCAUUGCACUGUUCAAACAUAAUGCACGUAAACUAUUGUUGAUCCAUCUCACUGUAAAAUAAGAUUAGGUUUUGAAACAUGUUUGUACAAUUCUUUCUCUAUUUUACAUGACUUUUUGAGAUUGUGUACAACUAUUACAGUCAUUUCUUUGGUGUUGUGCUAUGCUCUGUUCACUUUUUCUGUGUAUAUGUGUAUUGCUAACUCAUUGAUGGUGUUAUGUUACUUUCAGGGCAUCCAAAUGCUAAUUGAGAAGAAGUUUCUUGAAAAAGACCCUCAUCAAAUUGCUAGUUUCUUAUAUCAAGGAACAGGACUGAGCAAGUCUGCGAUUGGAGAGUACAUGGGUCAAAUGUAAGAAUGUACUAACAACAUUUUAUUGGGUAGGGACAUAUACUAUUCAGAGAUAACAAAAUGUGUAGAAGAUAAUGCAAACUCAAGGUUAAUCCCACAACUCUCUAAUGUCACACAAUGCAGCUGGACAAUGCAGUGCAGCCGAAUGCCAUUAAACAAUAAAUAAUAUCAAUCUAGACAUUCUACUAAUAUGUAACAUACAUGUUUUUUCCCAGCUGUACAAUAUUGUUUCUUUACGAUAUAUUUUCUCUCUCAUCUUGUGUUGUUGGUCACUAGAGAUCCACUCAAUAUUAAGGUUCUUCAUGCAUUUGUGGACUGUCACAAUUUCGAAAAGCUUGGCUUGGUUGACGCUCUAAGGUAAGAAUAAGUAAGGCAAAGGUAGCUGCACCAUGUAUACAAAUCAUCCAACAAUAUAUCGUGUACAUUACAUUAAAAACAAAAUAAUGCUUUGGCAAGAUCUUCAAUUACAUCAAAGGUUCAGUUUUACAAGCAGAUAAACUCAUUGAUAAUGCUACUAAGUGAAAGGUGUUUAAUUAACCAAUGUUUUUUUUUUACAGUCAUUGCAGUGUGUGUGUAUCGCUUUAAGAAAAUAUUGGCAUAGUGAGAUUGAGAUUGCUUCAACAUCAUUAAUAGUUCAUUGGCAGGCAUUAACAUACCAACAAUUUCCUCCUUGGGUUUGUUGCUAUGACAUCUAUUGUUACACCCAUUUCAUGUCUUUUCUAAAGAAUAUUGAAUCUUUACACUAACUUGAUAAGAUUGUGUCUUACAACAGAGUAGCCCAUGGAAAAUUAAUGCUUCAGAGUUGUAUUAAUAACGCACUGAGAAGCAUGUUGCAGAGUCCCUAAAUAAUAAGGACAUCUGGUCAACCUACAUUAACAUUGCAAAUACCAAUUUUCACUCUUACAUUCGGAAAGGGACAAUUAUUGACAUAGUUGACUUUAUGGCAACCAAGGCACAUGUAAUGCAAGUUAGUCAUAUGCUCUUGCAAUUCAGCAUAAUAAGACAAACACAUGUUACUGUGAUAAGAUGCAAUUGCAAUUUCUGAUUACUUUGUGAUGUGCAAGGAGUGGGGGAUGCAAGUCCUACUUCUACUAUUAAAAUGAAAAUCUGAUUGUUAUUCUGUAUAAUAUAUAGAUUGGAUUUUUCUUCACUGUACAAGUCUUUUACAUUAUUUUUGCUAUUUAAAUGUAUAUGCGCAUGGAUUUAGAAUAGACACAAUAAAAUUUGGCAAUUAGAUAUGGAGUAAACACAGUGUGAAAUUGUAUAUACAUCAACAUACCAUUCUCAUUGUACUAACUAAAGAUUCUCUGUCUCAACCUCACACAGGCAGUUCCUGAGUAGAUUUCGGCUGCCAGGAGAAGCUCAGAAAAUUGAUAGAAUGAUGGAAAGUUUCUCAGCUCAUUACUGCAAGUGCAACCCAGAAACCUUCAAGUCUACAGGUGCAUAAAUGUUUCAACCUUAUGAUAAUAUCAGAUCAGUGUGAACGUUCUGUACUAAGCAUAAUUGCAGUUUAUAUUUGCUUAUGCAAAAUCUGCUUGUUAUAUUUCUUAAUACUCAGAUACAUCAACACUUCUACUCCUGCAUUGUCCUAUCUCUAAAAAUGUCCUUCCUGUUCCCGAAAUACAUUUAUUUUAAACUCCAACGUAGCAUGAGCCAAAAUAAGUUGCAUGACAAAUAAACAUUCACUUGAUAACUGUCACUCUACCCAGUUUGCUUGUUACUGUAUAAAGAAAAAAAAAGAUAGUCUCUCAAGCCUGCUUAGAGUUACUUCACAAAAUUAAAUAAAUCUGAUAUAUUAGUUUCUUUGAUAAUCUAUUACAUAUUUCUAUGAUGGAACAUUAGGUUAUUAGACAUCAAGUCAUUUAUUAAAACAUUAUUUGGGAGAUGGUCUUUCAAAUAAAGAAAGGAUAGCCACAAUUUGAAUCCUCAGGAUACCUACCAUGCUGGCCAAGUCUGAAGUAAGGACCCCAUGACAUCUUCCUCUUAUGUAUAAGCAUAAUGCCUAACAAACAAAGUGAUAACUGAUGUUUUCAUACAUAUGCGCAUUCUUAAAUCAGACACAGUAUCUUGACUGCUGACCCAACCAGUGCCAACCAAAAACCUGUUGCCCCCCAAUAAUACACGUGACACCUCAUUCUUGUGGAUAAGGGCAACGGCCACAGCUUUAUGUAAGAUAACAAUUUAACUCAGUCCAAAUCUGCCAGCUGUUGGGUGUUUGCCCAACAGGCAGUUCUCACACACAUUUGGUACCAUGAGCCUCGACAGCCAGCUCCUCGCCAUCAGCUCCGUGACGGCUGUCAUCUCCCCAAUGUUCCUUUCUUCCUCUGCGCUGUCCAGGGAAACCGCCAAGCUGUGACAACACAAAACAACAACACAAGACACAAGACACAACACCAGAAAACAGGGAGGAAGGGUGGGAAAACAGUCAGGAGUCCUCAACUGAUUCUGCCGACUGGUAAGUCCCCUCCCUCUCCCUUUACUUAAGAACCCCCAACAUUAGCAACAUUGUAGCUUCCAUGAUCCAGCCCACACUCUUGGGCAGCAGUCAUGUUCCCCCUUCCUUAUUGUUCCAGGGGGAAUCUUAAUCUUUCAUUAAAGCAGUAAGUACUUUGUUAUGAAGCUCAGGACUUUUUUUUUUGUGGAGUUCUUCAGUGAUCAAACAUUUUAGCAAAUUUCCUUAGUUCACAGAUUUGCUGUAGUGUUGUAGUCUUGCUCAUAUGUGUCCAUUCUAGGACACUGGACUUCUGCACACUGAACUUUAUAGACAUUGCACUUUAGACCUAUGAUUUGUUAAUGGUGAUUUUUUUCAUUAUUCAGCUUUAUGUAAAGGGAAUGGAAACAUUGUUCCAAAAUAUCUUGAUAUGGGGAACUAUUGUUUUCCUUUUACUGAAGAGAUGUGAAUAAUGGCACCACCGAUACUGUGCUUGAACUGCCUUGACUUUGAGGAAGCAUAUUUAUUAUGGAAUUAAGGUCAAAACUUUUGAUUUACUUUAUCCUCAUCAGGUUAUAAGAUGUUUACAUAGAUCAUUUUGGGAGAGUGAAUAUAUCCUAAGGCAAAAUAUACGUCAGGUCACCUUUUACCUGUGGUCUUACCUUAUGCUCCUUUGCCGUGUCUUGGUCUCUCCUCACCAGUGCAUGUCCCUCUAGUAUUCCAGUCCAACCUGUUCAUUGUUGCAGGUUUCUGGCAAGCCUCAUCCCAUUUGUUCCUUCGACUCAUAGCUGUCUUGGGAUAUAAGCUAUGUGGGACUUAUUUGUGUCAGUUUGUAUGUUUGGGGGUAUAUUGUAAAGUUGCAUGGAUGUUUGGGGGAUAAUUAACUUAGUGUUAUCAAUAUAACCAAAAAAACCUCCUUUAGGGAGGUGGUGUGUUACUUCAAAAAGUGCUUAAAGUGUAAUUAAAAUAGCAGCUCUACACACUAGUGUAAAAUACCCUCUUCCCCACACACCACAAUAAAUUUACACCUUCUAAUGGUACAAGAUACACUUAUACCUAUGGUGGAGCGCUGAAAUACAGAAAUUAGGGGGUAGCUUACCCCAUGUAUAUAAACAUGUACAGAAGAUUAUCUAGUACAUAGAAAACCCUAGAUAUAGUGCAGAUGAUAAUUAUAUUCAAGUAAUAUAUCUUUAGAAGGUUAGAUUACUCACAUGUAGUGGAGCCUAUACAUGUAUUGGCUCCGUAUAAAGGGCUGUAAUGCUCUUAGAGCAGCAUCACACCACUCCUUCAUAAAGAUGUUCAAUCCGGUAACAUAAAAGAAAGAGAGGCCACCAAUGUGUAGUAUUUUCGAAAUAAAAGCAAUAGAAUAGGAGGUAGGUUUUGAGCUUACCUUAUUUAGAGCCUAAACUCCAGGCUCUAUGGUAUACAGGUAUAGUGCUACCAUAGAGGGGGUGGCACUUCCCCAAAUAAAGAUUCAUGAAGGCAGUCCAGAUGACUCUUAAAAAUACUAAUAAACUUAUUAACAUAAAAAAAGAAUAAAACAGUAAUAUAAAAUCAUAAAAUACUGUCCACACUUUUAUAAGGAGAUCCUGUGUCAGCCAAACUAUGUUUCACUCCGUCCUAAGCUUCUUCAGUCAGAUGUGAGUUAGUGCCAGAUGUCUUCCAUGUUUAAAUGUCAUAUAGACCCUCCCCUUGGGUUUGAUAAGGCUUAAGGUAAACCAAUCAUAUUUAUAUCAGGCUGCCAGACCCUUUAUUUAUAAAUAUUCACAUGUUGCCAUAAAAUUGUAUUGGUUGGCAGUAUUCCUGCCUUUUUUUUCCAUAUUCUUAUUGGUUGGGGGUAUUCCCGUUUUUUUUUUCGACUUAUAGCUCAUUGGUGGUUAGUGGUGAUUGACUAAUCUAGUUAUUUCUCAGACUCAGUGGUGCCAGGAUGGGUUUUACAUAAUUCAGGCCAUGGACCCCUGUUGGGGUCAUGUGUAUAAAAAAAGUGCAUUGUUCUCAAUAAACCAGUUCUUAUACACACUUCACUAAGUCUCAGCUAGUGUUUGGGUGAGACAGGUAUAAGAGAUAUCCAGUGCUGAAAGAGAGGGACACUUAAUAGAGACACUCAAUCUGAGUGUUUAGCUCCAUCGCACCAAUAAUUUCUGUCAGGUGAAGGCAAAUGUCCCUUAACUACAUGACUUGGAAUUUGAUUGGCUAAAUCCCAAGACAGUCAUAGCUCCAAUUAAAGGGUGUACACUUUUAGUUUUGUAUUACUUUGUCUAGAAAUUAGGUAUCUUAAAUAUAGUUCUUUACAGUAAGAUCUAUAAUGCUAUAGACCUGCACAGUAUGCACAUAGGAAGAUUAUAUGGAGAAACAGUGCAAAGAGCUCUGCACUUCUCUCUAAAGUAAUUAGCAUUGGAACUGUGUUUAAGUAUGUCCAAAUAAUAUUGAGGAAGUAAAUGUUAUAUUUCAUGCCAAAUGAGAUCAUGAAGCUAACUAUAUGAGUCAUAGGGAAAGCUUAAGUUCCUUAUUUUAAGAAGUAUUUUUCCCAGCAGAGGAAGAAGUACAAACCAUAUUGCAAUACACUUUAUAGUUACACAUUGAGUAUAUAUUCUAAUCAGUUUUGUUUGGUGACGCAGGCUUCUUUUGUGCCUAGAUUUCAGUAAUUUCACAAGUAGAUUUACCAAUGUCUGUGAGGGAAAUGGAGUUUCAUUAACAGAGUGAUUCACUAGUUCUGCAAGCAUCUCAAAAUGUCUGUAAUUUGGGGAAAAUCUUAUUAUUAUUUUUUAUUUUAUUUUUUUUAUUAGAAAAAUUAAUUACAUCCAGUAUACCGUUGUUUACAAAAUCAUCAUAUUUUAGCUUUAACACAUUUUCCCAAUUACAUUUAGCCUAAUAAUCGCUGAUACUCACUUCCAUUAGGUUGUUCCCUAAUAAAUUAUUACAGCGAGCUUAGAUGGACAAACAACAAAGUAAAUAUACAAUAAGCUAACACCAACAAACAUGAAAUACACAAUUUGGCAGGGAUCUUAAGCUCAAAUAUAUAUAUAUUUCCAGGGUUUGGAUAUGUUGUAUUAUAUAUAUAUAUAUAUAUAUAUAUAUACAUAUAUAUAUAUAUAUAUAUAUAUAAGGUUGUUAUAAACUCCAUAUUAAUCUUCCAAAUUUUGUAAGAUCAACCAUUUUUCCCAUAUUUUGUUAUAUAGCCACAGUUUCUUUCUUGCUGGAUAGUACCCUUUUUCCAUUAAGCAUUGGGUAGCAAUCUGAUUUUUCACCCUUGACCAUUCAAGUGGGGUUUGAUUUUUCCAUUCUCUAGCUAUUAUAAGUUUCAUAGCCAUUAGAAUUUGUAUGGAUAAAGCUUUUUUAGGAAAGGUCAUAUUAUCCAGUCCAAAGUAAAAGAGAACAGAUGACGUUGGUACUGUUAUCUCCAUUAAAUCAGAAAUCAAAACAAGUUUUAUUGCCAUAUCUUAUCAAUCUUUUUGCAGGUCCAUCACAUAUGUAGCAGAUUGCCAUUUUGUUUGUUACACCUCCAGCAUAGUGGGUUAUCUUGGGCUUUAAAUUUAAAUAAUUUUUCAGGAUAUAAGUGUCAUCUAUAUACAACUUUCAAGUGGAGUUCCUGUAUUGAUAAGCAAUGUGGUAUCUUACCCACUUGAGACCAACUGUCCCACCAAAGUUCUCUAGCUAUUUGACAUGCUAGUUCCUUUUAAAGCUUUAACUUUCUUAGCUGAAAUCAGGAGCUCAAGAAGAUCAUACCAUGCUCUCAUAUUUUUUUUUAUUUGAGGUGAUGCACAUAAAUCUAUCAAAUUGAUCUUUUAGUUUUUUAUCUUGUAGAUCAAUCAUUUUAGUACCCAGGUAAUAUUGGAUUCUAAUUAAUGAAAAAUGCUCUCUAACUGUGCAGCCAAAAUCCCUUUGGAGCUGGUUAAAGGUUUUAAAUUUGCUUAAUGAGUAUAGGUCCUGAAUUCUAAGAUUUUUUUUUGGAGACUUAAAGGGAGUUUAAAGUCAAUGAUAUUGUAUCCCAACACUUCUAACAGGGUGGACAUCGAGCAUUUGUCAACUAUUCGCAUACUUUUUUUUUUAAUUGAACCCAUUCUUCCAGUAUAUUUGUCAACACUAGACAUUCAGCUUUAAUCAAAAUGUUAUCUAAUUCUGAUUGUUUACACCAAAACAGGGUUUUUAAAUUAUCGACAUUCACUAGGUAUUGUUCUAUUUUAUACCAAUCUUGGUCUUUUUGAGCUAUCAAUAGUAUUUGAGAGGCGUAAGUUAGGCUAUUUGCCAGUUGGUAUCUAAAAAUAUCUAGAUAGUUUACUCCCCCUUGAGUUUUCUUCUGAUACAGGUGGUAUCUCGAAAUACGAGGUCUUUUAUUACUGCAAAGGAAUUUUUCCACGAGUACUUGAAAUUGUUUUAUAUUUACAUGGUGGUUUAAUUGGAAUCAUCCUAAAGUUAUAAUUCAAAAUGGGCAAUAUGUAUUGCAAUUAGGGUAUUGAAGAUAAUUCAGGGAUCGCAUUUUAGAUUCUUCCUGCACAAUUUCCAUUACAGUUUUGUCAUCCAAACUGAUAGUUGCAAAUCACAGCAAUUUAGUAUGUAAAGACCAAUAAAACCAACACAAAUGUCUGCAUUCACCACCAAGAGCACCCAGGCUUUUACAUGUGAUCCAGGAGAAGAUUUUCAUACCAUUGUUUUAUAUGAUCUUUGCUCAGGACUUUCAUGGUUGUUGUGUUUUGUUUUUUUGUGUGGAAAAAGAUGAGCCUAUCAUGGGUAUUACCUCACUAUAUCACGUGUUCAAAUGUAUUGUAUUGUAUGAAGGAUAUAAUGACUUCCUCUAUGCCCAUAUAUAUUUUAAUAGAGAGAUAGUGAGUUUAAGUUUAGGGCCGUGGACAUUCCUUUUAAAAUCUAAAUGGGGCUUGUCACCAUUAGUGCCAAGGGUCUACUAUUAGUAAAGUGGGCUUGAAGUUAUUAUUGCCAUCUGAACUCAUAGUCCACUUGGCAUUCUAAGGGGAUCUUUAAAUGUAGCAUAAAGAGUGAGAGGGCGCAUACACUCCUAUACCUUAAUAGACUUGUGACCUUUUUCUAAAUUUGAACUUUUUUGUGAAUUGUUCAAGACUUCAUUUCAGAGCCUUCCAGAACUGGUCAGCCCAUUGAGCAUAUAUGUGACGAAUAUUUAAAGGGGAUUUGGUUACUGUUCAUUUUGAUAGAGGGCUAAUAUUAGGCAAUCAGGGGGUGGGUUUGUAAAAUUAGAAAAAUUAUACAUGUAUUGAAUUUUCUCUGAAUAUUUGCUUAUGAAUCACAAUAAUAUGCCAGUUUUUUAAAUUAGAUUAACAAAUUCUGAAAGUGAAUUACUCCAGAAGCAUAAAACAAACAAAACAUGACUGAGUGCUGUUUAAUGAGUGGAAUACCGGAAUUUAAUUUCACCAUAAAUCUUCAUUUUGGCUCCAUGAAAACAAUGGAUAAAGUAACAAUUUGGUCGAGAUUUUGAUUCUUUCGGUAAUGCUAGGAUAAAUGUUUCACUUAGGAUGGAUUGUUGGAUUUUAUUUUGUUUUUGUACAUGUAGUUUAAUGUGAAUGAUAUAUUCCCAUUACAAUUUGGAGUUUUCUCAUCCAAACAGAUAGUUGCUACAUUGUGUCCUUCUCAUUGAUUAUUCUGAACACUACCUUGCAUAACCCGAAUGUAAAACAGAAGCCAGAUCUCCAGCAAUUCCAGUCCAUACACAAAGGAAUUCAUGCUGGAGGAGACCUACCCACUGAGCUACUGACAGUAAGUAAUCAUUAAGCAUAAAAACAAAACAUCAUAUAAUAUGUUUGUAUUGGUUGUAGUGAGCAGAAUAUAAAAUCAAAACCGUGGAUAUCUGUGUAGGGUACAUUAGAGUACCCACCACCUUGUAUGCCAAUUUUACCCAACCUUGGCAGGGUGUUCCUAAUGAAAUAUCAAGUACAUUUUGUAUAAAUGAUCAUAAACACAGUAGACAAAGAUUGACGCUGGGCUCCCCUCUUCCAUCGCUCCAGUGACAGGCAGCUCUCAGGUGGGCUGAUGCUCUGCAGAAUGUGGGGCAUUCUUAGUUCAGCUGUCAGUAGCCGAGACUUUACUUUGUCCAAGAGUCUUCCAGGUACAGGUUCUGUGUGACAAAGCUGAGACAAAGCUGUGAUCCUGUCCUACCUAACACUGGAGCAGGGAAUGAAGUAAGGGGUCUAGCAAAGGGUCAUGGCUUCGAUGACGUCUACUUCCUAGCCAACACUCGGAUAGAUGGUGGAGUGAGGAGGAUUAAUAAGGACUGUGAUGAGGACUGUGGCUAUAAUGGCACCCACUUCAGAAACAGCUGCACAGCAAUGUUAGAAUGUGCUUUUGUUCUCAGCUGUGUAUCCUAAACAGUUGGGGUUACUUUGCUCACUAUACUUAGGAUAUCCUGGCCUUCGCCUGUUUCCCAUUUAUGAAUUGGUGCUGUCUGUAUUUUGACCCUUGGACUGCCUGACUUCAAUAUUUGGCUUGUCAUUAAGUUUUGGUUACCAUGGACAUUUCCUGCCUCCCCUGUGCUUCUUGGUGAUCUAUCAAAAUGAAACAUUGCAAUAGAUAUACUAGAAAAAUGCCUUAGGUCUGAAUGUUGUUUUUUUUUUUUUUUUUUUAUUUGAAAAGUCACCAUUCCAGCUGUAUCCUUAUACAGUGUUAAACACAUGCUUACUGCUACUCAAAGAACUUUUCAGAUUCUGUGGGGUUUUAUUUGAAUAUAAAAUCAAACUUCUUAUAUUGUGGCACAAGAGGUACACAAUAACAUGUAUCUGCUGACUGUAUCCAGAGCAUUGUACCUCAGAGGUACUCUAGUUUUGCCUCUCUAGAUAUGGCUCUGUGAAAAUACCUCUAGGGCUUCUAUUUUUAUUGUGGUUACUGAGGAAUAAUGCAAGCUUGUCUGCUUCAGGCUCUCUGUCAUGCUCAGGUUAAAAGAUAUCUCAGUUAUUUAUUUUUAAGUGACCCUGUCAUGACACACUCUAUUUAACAUAUAGUAGCUCCUAAAGCAUACAUGCAUAAAGUCCAAAAGGGCUUGCACCCAGGGGCUAAAAUAAUGUCUUGACCUGGUGUUUAAAUCCAGCAGAAGAUAGACAUAAAAUUUUCCAACAAAAUGGAAAGCGCCCCUGGGUCUUCUUUAAGCAUUAAAACAUAACCUUUAUUAUCAACGUUUAAAGUUUUAGCUCAAAGUGACACAUUGAUAAUAAAGGUUUUGUUUUAAUACUUAAAGGGUUACUUCAUAGGCGUGCGCAGCCUAUUGCAUUAGGGUGUGCACCCUAUAGCACAGACACACACCACGUGUAUAUGUAUGUACAUAUAUUUAUAUAUUUAUAUAUAUAUAUAUAUAUAUAUACACACACACACACACACACACACACAUACAUACACUGUUGUGUGUGUGUGUGCAAGGGUGCUGUGUGUGAGGGUGCUGUUAGUGUGAUGUGUGUGUGAAGGUGCUGGUAGUGUGCUAUGUGGAUGAGGGUGUUUGUGUGUUUCUGAGGGUGCUGUUAGUGUGAUGUGUGUGAGGGUGCUGUUUGUGUGUGAGGGUGCUGUUUGUGUGCUGUGUGUGAGGAUACUGGUAGUGUGCUGUGUGCGUGUUUGUUAGGGUCCUGUUAGUGUGCUGUGUGAGGGUGCUGUGUGUGUUUGAGGGUGCUGUAUGUGAGUGGGUGCUGUGUGUGUGUCGGUGCUGUUUGUGUGCUGUAUGUGUGUGGGUGCUGUGUGUGUGUGUGUGAGGGUGCUCUGUGUGUGUGGGUGCUGUUUGUGUGCUGUAUGUGUGUGUGCUGUGUGUGCUGUUUGUGUGCUGUGUGUGUGUGCUGUAUAUUUGGGUGAUUGUGGGGGUGGAGGUGGGGCACCCCACCCCCUUACCUUAUGUAGGGAGGGGGGGCCGGGCUGCUGCCUUCCCUGGUGGUCCAGUGGAGAGUGAACUCUAGCCUGCGGGGCUAGAGUUCACUCUCGCGAGAUCUGAGCGUUGCCACGGCAACACUCAGAUCUCGCGAGAGGAACCCGGCGGAGCUGCUGGCUAGAGCUCCCCGGGUCCUCUCCUGCCUCCCUCCAUGCUGCUGUGGGCUGGUGAGGGAGAUCUUUGUCUCCCCACCGGCCCAUGGAGGCUUAGAGCAGAGCCGGCGCUCGGAUAGCGCCGGCUCUGCAUGAGCUGACAGGGGAGAUCCUGAGAUCUCCCCUGCUGGUCUCAAUUCAUAGGUGUGCCGUGGUGAUAAGGGUGUGCCAAGGCACACCCGGCACACCCGGCACACCCCGUGCACACGCCUAUGGGUUACUUCAUAAUCACUUUCGUAAUUUUAAGUAGUCGUGCUGCCUGUAGUCUGUAUGUGCAUCAUCAGCUAGAAACAACUCGCAACUCGCAAAUGUCAGUUCUGUGCAAAUUUUGGUGCACAGGCACUUAUUCAUUGGCUGAGAGUAGUCAUCUGAUGCUUUGUUUAACAAUUUUAUUUCUAUAUAGUUACUUUAAGAAAAGUUGCAUUGAUACUCACUUCUUCUCCAGUGUGCGACAUUGCUCCUGGGUUCUCCUGCCUUACGCUUCUUUCUGGCACAGCGGCCAUGAUUAGGAACACUUCCCCAAGCAGGGUAAUAACACUAUGGCACUAAUUUACUGGCCUCAUUGGUCUUCUCUACAGAGUUACAUUGUCACUAUUUUUUACAUUGUCACUAUUUUCCUAUACUCUUCUAUGCAGUAGUUAGUAAUCAAAACCUACAUUUUGUGUACAAGGUAGUCACUGCAACACAUUCCACAAACUCUGUGUACUCAUUUCAUCCACUGGGAGAACUAAUGAUUCCCAUUAGCAACUAGAAAAACAAAGUUGGGUUGCCAAGACACAAAUUCCUUUUUAAAAUACUCCAUCCUUUGUAAAAUACUCUAUAUUAAACCCUUCUCUGCCCUUCAUAACAAGAUGCACUUCAAGAUACCUAUACUAACAUAGAUACACACACUCACUCACUCACACCAAUAACAUACACAUACAAGCACUUGUGUUAAAGGAUCACUAUAGUGUCAGGAAAACACAGCGGUUUUCCUGACACUAUAGUGCCCUGAGGGUGCCCCCACCCUCAGGGUCCCCCUCCCGUGGCCCCACCUCCACCCCCAGAAUCACUCCCUCGGCGCUGGUGACCUCUCCUCCCCUCCGAUGUCAGCUCCCCUGGGGAGAAAAACACACACCUUUACCUAUAAUGGGCACAGGGUGACUAAAACAUAAUAGCAAUCUGGGACCUACACAAGUGUCCGUCUUCAGCCCUCAGGGAUGGUGACUACUGUCACACAUACAUUAACCAUGUUAUUAUAGAAUGAAAACUGAUUUACCUUUAACUGGAUUCUCCAUAUUACAGUAAGUCUCAAUUUCAGCCAGAUCUAAUCAGUGGAUGCAGUUUGACCAUGUGUGGUAGCACUGUCUUUUUCAGUAGCUGCUUAAGUAAAUACUCCUUCUCACAUUGCAUGAGCAAUAUAUGGGCCUGAGAUGUAUCCAUAAAACUGACCUGCGUAGUGGGAGAGAUCUUUCACAUAGAUCUGUGCAUUACCAGGAAGCACAGACUAUGCCUCUUGGGAGGUUCAGUACACUAAUAAGUACUUUGAGAAUCAUCAUGCUUGAGGUUACUUACAAAUUCCUCCUGGAGCACAACAUUUAUUAAUCAAGGUCUGGCAGACCAUUUGGACAGGAUAACCAUGAGCUUGGCUAAAUGAAUGUACUUUAUCUUGCUUGUAUUCAAGUUACAAUAACUUAAUGUUAUACUGUUCUCCAUGGCAGGAAAUGUAUGAAAGUCUAAAGAAGGAACCAUUUAAAAUGCCGGAGGAAGAGGAUGCAUGGGAGACAACUCACGCCUUCUACAAACCACAACGUGAAGGAUGGCUACUCAAGUUAGGUGCGUUUUAUCUUUGUCUCCCUGUGAAAGAAAUGAAUAGGAAAAGUAGCAGAUAGUCAUGUAGUACUGAUAAGUGCAGUCUUAGCAACCUCUAACCAGUGCUGUAUCAAGAGGCUUGGAAUCAAUGAAUUGUGUUUUAUUAAGAGAAAUAGUCCAAUUUCUCUUGUGUUUAUCACACUUUCUUGUCUUUAUUUCUGAAAUCUUCCCUUUGCUGCACAAAAUAUUAAUUAGCAGAACUGUAAUCAACAUAUUGUCGCAGUUAAAAGAGAAAGAAAUUCAGUGCUUUGAUAUACUGGUACAGUUCUGGUAGGCAGCUCAACAACCAAAUUUGAUGUCUUUCUUCUAUGAGAAAUAAAAGCCAAGGGUCAUAGCACCUUUAAUGUCAUUUUGCCACAGUACCCCAAGAGGGUUAGGUGUGCCAUACUCACUCACCGGGUGCCACAUUUACCUUUGCGUCCCAGGAGUGAGGGACGUUCCAGACUCCCUCACCAGCCAUCGGCUGGUUCAUCCGUUCUUCUGCAGCAUGCUGCAAGUGCAAGGUGCGCCACAUAUAGUUCUGGCUUGCUGGACCCUACAGCCACUCCACGUGAGUAAUAGCAUGCAGGGGAAGGAAGGCAAGACUUGUCUGCCCUCCAGCCCACCUCCCCUCUUGUGGACACUCUUUAUUCCAUACUUACAGUGUCCCCACACUGCUCCUUGGUCCCCCUAGGGUGUUAGAACCCUAGGGGAUCCAUGGUGACAUAUUCAGGGGCAGUGUGGGCAACAACCAGCUAGGUGGUCAAACCGACAUAGCAUCCCACCCACAUACGGGGCGUGGACACCUACCUGCACUAGAGUGGCCUCUUGAUUAUAUAGGUCCAGAGAACCCUCCAUAUAGGAGGGACUUCUCUCCCUUUUCCCUACUUAAGCACCAACCACCCUGGGUGGUGUGCUUAGUUGUUUUGUAAACACCCUAGGGGGUCACAAGCCUUCUCUGCCUUUGUUGACCUUUGUCUGUCUGAGCUUAACUUGGUUAACCCCUGCCUCCCUAGAUCAGUGUUGGAUCUUAUGGUAAAUCUUUGCCUAUUUGUUUAACCAGAAAAAGACUCUAUAAUUUUGAUUGCUUAUCCUGACUAAAAUAUCUGCUAAGACUUUACUUUGUUUUGAUGGUCCUGGUCCUACACUAUUUGGUUUUGGUCCCUGGCUUUUCAGCUGAUGCCGUUUGUUUAAUCAAUAAAGACUUUCAGUUAAGUGACCAUGUUUUGUACAAAUAAAAUUUAAAAUACAUCAUAUAAUCCAGUGACUAUGCAGUGGAUAUAUUAUUCAGUUUACAAAGAAAAGCUGACAUUUGUUGUGUGUGUAUAUAUCUCUCUUCUUCCUGUAAAGAGUAUAUGGGUCAAUAUACAAUAUUUAAAGGGACAUAUGAAUCAGCUACAGCAAACAAUAUGCUGUUUCCAUUGGAUACAUAUCAGAAAGUAAAUUGCAAUUCUAGUGACAGGAACUUGCUUCUAUUAGCUAUCAGUUUCGCUCUAUUACACUUUCCAAUCCUAUUCAAACUGCUGGGAUUGCAUUUCCAGGCCCACCAUCAAUUUUGACUGUGCCUGCGAGCAAUGGUCACUCUACAAAUAUCACUUUUGAUUUCCCAUGAUUCCCUCCGCCUCAGAGGUUACUUUAUCGGUUCUGAAAUGUAGAGCUAAACCGACCACCAAUACAACAAGUGCCUCGGAUAUGUAGAUAAAAAAUAAAUACAUUAACUUGUAUGUAUCUUUCACUCCAUUGGACAGCACUAAAAAUAUUUCCUACUUACCAUUUACUGUGAACGGUAUAAUAUAGAUUCUCAGACAAGAUCUGAUAUUGCCUGAUGUUGUAUCUGAUGUUUUGUGAAACUAAAGAGUCAACAAAAAGAUAAUACAAGAAAUUGAGGAAGAUGAUCGAUAGGCCACUAGUGGACGUGAGGUGUUACUUUGUGAGAAUCAAUAUUGGGAUACUGUGUUAGUUAAAAUAAAAACAAUGAAAAAAAAUCUUCUUAUGUCGAGAAUCUUUCAUAUCAAUGUUUGGAAAAAAAUAUUAACUUAAUUUAUUUUUGUUAUAGUCUUAAUUUCAGUUUUGGAGCUUUUCUUUUUAAAGGUGGUCGUGUGAAAACAUGGAAAAAACGAUGGUUUAUUCUCAAGGACAACUGCCUGUAUUAUUUUGAGUGCACCACGGUGAGAACGAGAAAUAUAUAAUGGUGUUAGAAAUGGGUUGGCACCUCUUACAUGUAUGAGGGAAGUACUAACUCCAAUUUGUCUUUCUUUCUAAAAAGGAUAAAGAACCUCUUGGAAUAAUCCCCUUGGAGAAUCUUUCCGUUGAAAGAGCUGAAGACCCCAAAAAGCCAGUAAGUAAAAAUAGACCGUAUUAAUUAUCAGUAGAAGAGUCACAGAUCAAAUAUUUGGAAAUUUCAAUAUAAUGUUUUCACAUUUUUAUCCAUUAAUUCCAUUAAUUUCAAAGAUUAUCAUAGUCUGUUAUGCUUUCAUUUGCUCCAUGAUUUUUUAUUUCCUCAAUAAUUUACAUUUUACUUAUUAUACCCCUUCAUUUUUACGCUCACUCUAUAUUUCUCUUGCAAUUUACAUUCUUUGUGUUCCAAGCACUGUUUUGAUCUGCAUGCGAGGGGUCAGACAGUCAAAGCUUGUAAGACACACGCUGAUGGUCGCAUGGUCCAAGGGAACCACCAAUCAUACCGUCUAUCUGCCCAAAGCCAUGAAGAGAGAGAAUGCUGGAUGCAGAGCCUCAAGUAAGAGACAAUGACAUUUUGUUCCCUUAAUCUGUUCCGUAUAUGUUGCUAUGCUUCCUGUAGAUAGAUAGAUAGAUUGGAUGGAUAGCACUAGUCUAUCUAUUCAGAAGCCCAUUAUUCCGUCUGCGAAAUGAAUGAAGUGGCAGUAACAAAGUUAUUAAGUACCAGUUUAGUUAGUUAUCUGCAAACUGCUGAAAGAUCAAAAUUAGGAAAAGUACUUUUCUUAAUUUUGAUCUUUCAGCCGUUUCGAUGAUAGCUUGUUAAUUUGAUAUGCUUAUGUAGGAUUGCCAUUAUUAAAUGGACACUCCAGACCCCUAAAGACCUUGAGCUUGUUGAAAUGCUGUAUGUGUGAAGAGUGUCCUCUUUUUAAUUUAUGAAAAGUGCAGAUUUCAAUAGAAAUUGUCACGUUUAUAAAUUAACUUUGUUACACCCCCCCGGACGUCAAUCAGACAGCAGGUCAUGUUACUUCCUGGUUGUCUAGCUCAGAAAAGCUAAACUCAAGAGCAGACAAUUGCCCUAAGCAUCUGCUUUGCUAUCUCUUUUCAUUGUUCAGAUUCGUAAAGUCUGUGAUUGGACAAGCACAGAAAGUCUGCGCAAGGUUAGAAGGAGAGGACUUGCAAAGGCAGCAGACAAGAGAACUGGAGCUUUGCAAACUGUUUUUAGAUAUACCCCUAAUAAUAAGAUGCAUAAAUAAAUGUAUGCAGGUUUUCACUGGAGAAAUGUUUCUUCAAGGGUACCAAAUUAGGGAGCUAUCUGCUAAACAGCACAAUAAUUUGGUAUCCUUACAUAGGCAAUCCUAUGUAAGGAUAGCAUGCUAGGAAGCUAUUUACUAAACAGCUAAAAGAACAAAAUUAAGAAACAUCCUUUUCUUCACAUUGCUCUUUCGGUUGUUUAGUAGAUAACCUAAGUUGCUAUGCUUGUCAAUACAAAAGGAUUUGAUACUAAUCGAUUUGAUACAUUAAGGAUCCAUUCAUCCUCAUUUUGUUUACGUAUUGCAGCAAUUCGGAAAUUCGAACACUUCCAAGUUGCCAAUCGGUCAAAAUUUAGAUGAAAUAAAAAUGUUUUCAAAACAAAUUGCACAAGUUUUCAUCCUAGAUUCCUUGUCAGUUUUUGGGAGGUUUUGACUUCAUAAUAAAUAUUCUAGAAUAGAAGGUAGCUAUUACCAGUGAGAUAACUCAGUGGAUUUGACUCCAACUACAAUAUUCCACAGUAACAAUUCAUGGUCAACUCAGCCUUUAAUCUUUCUAAGGUAGAUGAAAUGAGUAUAAUUAAGUAGGGCAAUAAAAUUCAGACCCCAGGACAAACUUGGUAAAUGUGUCAUUCCUGGUUAAAUACUAUGAUACUAUAUAAUAUUAUAAUUUACAAAAUCUAACGUUUAAGAGAUGUACAGUUCCCAUAUUAAGUAACCUUCCUGAGUUUGCCUGAACCAAGUUUCCUUUGAUUUUAAUAGGGAUUUAGCUCGGCAGCACAACUUGAGGAGAACUUUCAAUUUUUUGUGACAGCCCUGCAUACAUUUUCUCCCCGAGAAGGACUAUGUUGACCUUUUCAUGAGCUUAGAGUGUACCAGAAUAAAUAUUCUUUUACAUUUUUCACCCGCAGCUAGCAAUAUACUGGCAUACUUGCCUGCAACUUUAAGAUUGCUGGAGAGGGAACGGGGGCUUUUGUCCUUGAGGGGAGGGUUGUCAGUGGCUAGAGCUACAUAUGUGUUAAGCUGAGCUGACCAAACGCUAUUUACUGACUGACCGAGCAACCAUGCAAGUCAAUAUUCCACCGAUGCAGGGGGACAAUUAGAGUUUAGGAACAAUUACUGCUUGGUAGUUGCAAAUAGACUACCCCUGUCAAAUCUUAUAAGCAUUAUCACCUAUAUUUUAUUUUCUAAGUUAACUUAAUGCACAAUGUAAUAGUGGAAAAUAUGAAUGUUAAUAAUUUAAGAUGUUAGUUCCUAUAUAAGUUCUAACUCAUUAUGGUGGUGAUUUAUCAAGACAAAAUAAUGUUGGGAGCAAAGUGCUAAAUAUUGAGAGACAUUCUCUUGGUUUCCAUGGUGAUUGCUCUUUAGUUGACACUUUGCCACAGAAUAGCUCUUGUUUUUGCCUUGAUAAAUCACCCUCAAUAUUUUAAAUCAUCAUACAUUUGGAUACCUAACUACUUAGUAUUUGCCAUAUAAGGCAGUACAAAGGCUGAAUAUGAAAGGAAAGAACUAAUCUUGAAUUUUUAGAAUCAUUGCAAUGAAAUAAUGCUUUCAUAUUCCGCACUAUACAAAUGUUUUCCUACCUGCGUUGUGAAGGUCAGAAGACAGUUAUAUUUGAGAGAGAUAAAGCUUUAUUAUAGAAAAGGCAGUGUAUUUCUCCAAAGAGAUGUAGGUGAUAAAGUAUGAAAUGCGUAUUUUACCUUUUUAAAUAGGGCACUAAAUUUAUACUGCAAAUAAAUGGUUUGGAACUAGCAUACGUAUGCCUGUGUUUGCCAGAUUGACUACGUGUUCCUGGAAACAUAUCACUUAUUUAUGCUGAUGGACAGUACACAAAAAGUGCUGGCCAUGUAAUAUGUGGACGUCAUAAACUGCAGGGGAGAAAUCAAUUAAUUAAUCACUGCGAUCUUUUGGGAACCAUCUGUGUUUAAUGUAUUAGCUUUUUACAAGAUGUGACUUCAGUUUUCAUAUACAGCCCAUCACGGCAAUGCUAGGUGACAAAAAGACCAGGGGCUUCAGCCCAAGGGAAAAAUUAUACACAUAACAGAUUAUGUAAUUGGAUGUGUUAUUUCUAACUUAGUAUUAUAUUGGACUGUGGGCUUACAAUAAAAUGGAGCUAUACUUUGCCUGGAGCUUUUCAGAACCACACUUGAGGCUCUAGCCACUGACAACCCUCCCCUGGCAAUGCCCCUGCAGCCAAUCACAUUCUGUGGAUUAGAGAAAACAUUCUAUUUAAAGGAACACUAUAGUGUCAGGAACACAAGCAGGUAUCCCUGACACUAUAUUGUUACGCUAACUGUUUAGAUUCCCAGCGCCCUUUGAUCCCAGUAAAAAGGUAAUUUUACUCACCUUGUCUCCCACCCAGAGCCCCAACUCAAUAACUGAGAUAAUUAAUUUUGAUGACCUCAGCCAUUACAAUCCUUUCCCAUAGUAAAGCAUUGGGACGCUGUUAAGCAUGCAAGGCAAAAUGCAGUGCUUCGUCAAUGAGCAUGUCCUCAUAGAGAUUCCUUGAAUCAAAGCACCUCUAUGGGGAGUGUUCAGUGCCUACAUGCAAAGUGUGGAGAUGCUGAAUGCCAGUGCUGCACACUGUGCACAACUGACACAGGAAACACCUUUGGUAACCAUCUAAGUGACUGCCACUAGAGGUAAAACUAGCCAGCAAUGUAAACACUACCUUUUCUCAGAAAAGACAGUGUUUACAGUGAUAAGGCUUUAGGGACUGCAGGGCCAUGCUAUAAACACUAGAACCACUACAUUAAGCCCUUUAACACCCAUUGACAACUAUUUAGACAGUUUGCUCCCUGUUUAGAGUCUCACAUUAUUUCACUUUGUUCUUCAGAUCCAGUAUAUCAUGGGAUCCAUUUUAUGAUAUUGUAUCUAUUCAGAAGAAAAUAACAGCAAUCAAGAAGAGUCAUUAAUGAGGAUGGAUCAUGUGUGAAUAUGUAGAACUAUAACACGCCUGGACUGGUAAACGUUACAGGGAAUCUGGAUCAUCAUGUUAAGAUAACAACACCUCUUUUAAAUAGACUUUCAAUAUUAAAUAUAUGUAAAUAGUGUUAUGCGAAACACAUCACAAAUAAUGAAGGGGGUAAUGAUACAGGAAGCAUAUUACAGUCAGAAGGGAAAACCCUGCCUGAAUUGGGUAUUUUCCCUCCACACCUUCUCCCAAAGUUGUUUCUUUCCAUUGAAAAUCCAUCGAUCUGUCGAAUAACUUCAUCCAUUUCGUUUUCAUGGCUGUUCUGCAGAGUAAUUGGAGUUUUCAUUUUAUAUCAAGUUAUAGUGCCUGCUAUAUGAAGCAUGAUAUAAGUUCAGGCCACCGUGAGAGUUACCUGUAUAUAGGCAAUUUGAUUUAUUUAAUAUAUAGGCCAAAUUUUCAAGGUCCAACAGCAACAUAAUGUGAGGAAAUCUCGUCAUAGUACCUAAUAAUCUACACUUUAAGAUGAAAGGUCAUUGUAAUAAGAAUUCCCAUUAUUAAUCUGCAAGGUACCUGGGUGACCACUAUUAGCUAUAUCUAACAGAGUUUAUUUAUUAAACUGGGAACCAAGUUCAGGAAUUGUUGGCCUAUGAUUUGCAAUUCCCCAAUUAGGUGAAUAAUUAUCUGAAUACUAAAUACUCACAAACUUUUAACAAAUUAUGGAUAGUGAAAAAAGUGAUAAGUGCUCUCUAUCCAAUAAAGCAGCUAUUCACCAACAAGGAGUUCCUUUUACCUUGUGAACAAUAGAACAAAACUAGCUAAUAAAUUAGGUGGACAGCGCCAAGAAUUAUUAUAAUAAAAUCAUACAUACACAGGUAGCAGCAGAUUUCGCAAUCAUGUGUCUUACUCUUAAAAAAAGGAAAUAAAAAGUACAAUAAUAGUGCAGUAUGUUAUGAAUAAUAUGGUGAUAAAGAUAUAUUCCAAAGGGGCACUCACGUUUUCCAGAGCUUAAAAAGCUCUAUUUUAGGAGCCUGGACGGAACAAUCCCCGUCUAAGGAUUUCUUUUUGCUGGUAUCAGAUUCCCAAGGUAGUGCGGUUCAUCAUAUGAAAAAAAUAAGGAUGUUUACCAAUGGUACAGUACGUAUGUAAAAGUAGAAAAAGUAAAUAAUAUUUGACCUACUUACAUUUGCUAGAGCAAUGACCUGCUCUAGUGUAUGGAGCUUUAGGUGGAACAAUCCCUACCUAAGGAUAUAUGUAGAUCCGGAACAGCAGAGUGAUGGUGAGAGUAUAAGGAGCUCAAGAGUGACUGGGUAUUAAAACAGAAUCUUUAUUAAUAAACAGAAUGAAUACAACUAUUUAAAAGUGAACUAUAUAGUAAAAAAGAACUAUAAAACCAGUCCUUGUAGGCAAUCCUUAAUCUCCACUUGACAUUUCGCUUACAGCUUUCUCAAAAGUGAAGGUCACUGAGAGUUAGUCUCAGACAAAACUGGGACCAAAACUCAAAAUGUUACCACCUGAAAAUAUGAAUAGUCUAUUAAAACAAAACUAACAAUGAAAACAGAAAUAGAUAAAUAAAAGCAAAAAACUUUAUUAGAUAAUGAUAUAUAUGAAAGCCACAACAGAUAAUAAAAAACAGAAAAAAAAACAAUGCAUACACCUAAAAUAGACACAAAUUAGUGAUAUGUCCACACUGCGAGUUAGAGUGAUUUAAAAGAGAGAACCAAUAAAUCUCAGAUUUUAAAUGUAUAUAUAUAUAUAUCAAUAUGGCAAUACCAGAUAAACUAUGAAUACGGUAUAGACCAGGGCUAGGCAACCUUUUAGCAGCUCUGUGCCGAAAUAAAAUUGUAUUGUCCCGUAGCAUGCCAGUCUUAUUUUUUAAAAAUUUAGAUGUGCAUGUUGCCGUAUUCUGCUUGUGUUAUUUAUACUGCAGUUGCUUUGUAUCGUUGUAUUUGUGCGUACCUGAGCUAUAAUAUUGUAUAUGUUCAUGAGUAGUUUGUGGUAUCGUGUACCUAUGAAUGUGAACUGUGUAUGGGGACUGCUUGUGGAAUUGUGUGUGGAUGGAUAUGUCACGUUGUGUGUAUGUGUGGAGCUGCUUGGGGUAUUGCAUGUGAGAGGCUGUAUGAAGGGUUGUGUGUGUGUGUGUAUGUGGAUUGUCAGUAGUGUUCAGUUCGUGGGGAUUGUGUGUAUGUUUGUGUGUGGGCUGUAUGUAUUAUUUGGAUCAGGAGAGAGUUAUUCUGCAGCUCUGUGUAUAUUUAGCAGUAUGUGUAGCUUCCCUGGGUUCCAGUGGGGACCAGGCUGGCCAGGUGCAGCUCAAGGACAGGAGCUGCAACAGCAGCUGCACGAUGCUCUACUCCAGUGCGGAUUCCCAUUCACAAGUUCUGGAAGGAAGUGAUCUGAGAUCACUUCCUUUAUGUGCUGCAUUCAAUACAUUGAGGAUUGCCCCUCACCACCUUUUCGUUUUAGCAGAUAUCUGAAGUUUGCCUGGAACUCUUGAUAGGCCAAAGCCUGUUUGGCUCUAGCAGCCUUGAGUGCCGUGCAAAGACACCUUGAGUGCCGUGCAUGGCACACGUGCCAUAGGUUGUCUACCCCUGGUCUAGACUGUAAGCUCAUUUGAGCAGGGCCCUCAACUACACAUUGUUCCUGUUACAUUUUGUUAUUGUCUCAUUUGGUAAUUUCCCCUUUUAUUGUAAAAUAAGCUGGCGCUAAAUUAAUAAUAAUAAUAAUAAUAAUAAUGUGGGAUCAUGGCUAUACCAGGAACAUAUGUUUAACCUAGCCAUUUGGUGUUUACUAUAGCCCAGACUCCACAGGCAUCCAAUCUAAAUAUCUAAGCCAAAUUCACAUUUGUUUUGCCUACUCUGCUUUUUUAUGUCAAAAUACACUUUUUUACUUUCUGGCUAUUAGCAUCUAUAAUGAUACAAAUUAACCUCUGAGCGACGUGAUUACUGAAUCAGAGGUCGAUUUAAUCUAACCUCCAAAUCUAUGAAAUAUACCCUACUAUAUUGCUUUAAGAUAACAUUUUUGGCAAUAAUUUAAGUCCCUCUACGGUCUAACCAAUUUCUAAUAUAUCUUAUACUCUAAUCAGAGAUUUAAGUAUCCUCUAAAUUAUACAUAUAUAUAUACCCUGAGUGGGUGAUAUUCACUGAUUUCUAUAUUUAAGAUAUUUAUUGGUUCUCUUUUUUAAAUCAUUCUAAUUCACAGUGUGGGUGCAUCACUAAUUUGUGUCUCUUUUAGGUGUAUGUAGUGUUUUUCUUUUCUGUUUUUUAUUAUUCUUUGUAGCUUCCAUAUACGUCAUUACAGUUAAUAAAGUUCCUUGCUUAUUAUUUAUCUAUUUCUGUUAUUUCUUCCAUCGUUAGUUUUGUUUUAAUAGACUAUUCAUAUACUCAGGUGGUAACAUUUUGCGUUUUGGUCCCAGUUUUGUCUAACUAACUCUCAUCUUCUCCUAGAGAUAGUUUUGUACUUGUGCAUUGUAUACAUGUAAACAGGAAGCUAUGACACCAUGUCCAAAGGAAUAUAUUCUUGUGCAAGUAUGACGAUGCUAAAAUUUCCUUCAACUAUAUGAAACUGUAAUGGUUAUGUUGUUCUUUAGAUUUGAAUAGAUUAUAUGUCCAAUUAUAUUUGGCUAGAAUGUUUGAGGGACAUUGGAAAUAUCAAGGUUUGCUAUCAAUGUCAGUCGGAGUUAUUCUCUAUACCGAGAAUUGAAGAGAAUGGACACAGAAACGGAAAAAUGUAGAUAAAAGAUAUAUAGUUUAUAAACAGCUAAAUUAGAGAAUCGGUCCUAUUUGAUUAUUUUGCCCUUAAAAUAUUAAAUUCUCUUUUCAGUUUUUCAGAAUUUCCAUUGAAUUACCCUGACUGUGUUGCAUCCUUGCCUAAUGGAUUUCAUAGUUUAUCAGUGCAUCAAUGUAUACAUUUUAACUGUUUAUAAAUGUCUAAAUGGUUUCUGUGUUUACGUUUUUAGUGUGUUCAAGUCAUAUACACCCAGAGCCCUUUAAAACACAUUUGUGUUGAAUAAUUUGAAAUAAAAUAAAUUAAAUGUGUAGAUUAAACUCAGAUUUCCCAAAAUGUAAAAUGUUAGAAAUAGUAUCUGAGGUGUUUGUACCUGUUAUUGUACCUGUUAUUCUACUGGAUAAUUAAUCAUCAUUUUGAUUAAAAAGAGAGUGCAAGGGAAAACUGUAUUCCAAGAUGUUUAAAAUAGAGCAUUUAAAAUACCAAAUGUUUAAUUAUGCUGGUGAAUCAUAGGGAAAAGCCUGUUUUAUAAAGAGGAAAAAUACAUUUUAUUUAUUGUUUCCUAAAGAAACUGGGGUUUAUUGGAGUCCAAAGUGCACCCCUGAAGUGAUAACACUUGUGGAUUAGAGCCUAUGGUAGUUACUAAGGUGAGCUCCAUUACAGCGUGAAAACUCAGCAGCAUACACUGUAAAUUCCUUUGUGAGCUUUGACCCUGCUAAGGUAAUUGAAGGCUUAUGUAAAAAGAUGUAUUUUAAAAUACACUGACGCCACAUGCCAGCAUGACCAGCUCUCCCUAUGUUUAAGAGUGGGUAAUGCAUUAACAUAAAUGGAUUUUAGGUGAAAUCAAACACAUAGACAAAUACAAACAUGUAUGCAGCCAUUGUGAACCUUGAGACUGCAUGCAAUCCACUGCUUUUAGAAGUCCAAUAUUUUGGGGAUACUUAUCAAGAAUUGUAGGGAGAAACUGGCAAAUUAAGCCACAUAAGUGAAUUUAUGAGUGAGCUAUUUCUGUUGGCACACAAAUUCUCUAUAUUUUUCUAUAAGGCUAUCACAGUACAUUUACUACAAAGACGCACACAUUUUGUAAAGUUUUAUUAGCGCGUUUGCUUAAAAGGAUACUCUAAGCACAUAACUAUCUUACUGCAGUAGUUUGGUGCAUAUACCUUGUCCAUUUACUUGGACACUGAAUUGGUAGCAAGCAUCAAUGGCUUGUCUCACCUAGUCAGCCAAUUGUCCUACUCAUUAUAAUCAUCAAACCAGAUUGAGUAUUCACCUAGUCUCAUGGUUUGGAGACCCCCAUGCCAUUCACAUCUAGGUUAAGUUCAUGACCACUCAUAGUUUUUCUUCUCUUUUUCUGUAUUAAGAUCAUUUUGUCUUUCCUGAUAAACAGUGCAAUAAUUUAGUUUUUUUUUUUUUUCAUAUAUUUAUAGUUUUCAUCAGGUGUGGUCUUCAGCACACUAUUCAUGAUGAUGAGUUGACAGUUUGGGACCAUAUGUCAUUGAGCCCUGUCAAUAUAUUCUUCAUUUUCCACAGCUUUUUGCUAAUGUCUAAAAGGAUUGUCCAGUUGGAUUUAAAAAUGGUGUGGGUGACUGUAUACUUUGAUGAAGGAUGCAGUCAUUUUAAAAAUGAACUCUUUCUUGGGUAAUAUGUAUGUGACUAAUUUAUUUCCAUAUUUCAUGUUUUAAUGUUUGCAAGAAAUGUUAGUAACAUAGUGCAUGUCUUAUAUGCUUACACAAAGGUCAUGAGGACUUCUAUUCAUUUUUAUCUAGUCAAAUAUUCAUCAUAUUGGUAUGAUAGCCCCCACCAUCUUGUAAAACUUGCCAUUUGUUUUUUAAUUAUAAACUGAUUUCACCAUAAUUCCUAUGGCCAAUUUAGAACUUGUUGCCCUAUUCCUCUUUCACAUGUACUAUAUAAAUAAUUCUAUGCUUUUCUGCAACUGAAAAAUAAUCUGGAUUUUUGGUUGAUUGGUCUUCAUUAUCAUGCCUUAUCAGGUAAGCUGACAGAGACAGCACACUUGCAAUGUGUAUUGUAAAUUCAUUCAAUUUAAGUUUUGGAAGUCAUUUUACAUGCUAUUUUAUUUUUGGGGCAUUGUAUAUGAAAUAUAUGUCAUGUAUGAUCUCAAAUCAAUCAUCUGGAGUCACCAAGAUAUAGUUAUAAAGAUACCAGAAACACCUGUACAUAAAUAUAAUAUAUUGUGCAUUUUCAGCCUGGUUUUGGAAUACAUUAAUUACCCUUAAUAAAAUUAGAAUUCCUACAGCCUCCAACUCAGAAGGGCUGCUCUAGGAACUGCAAUGAGCAGAAAAAGUGUAUAUAAUAUUUGAUGAAACUUUCUAAUCCAUUUGGAGAACCAAAUUGAAUUUGCAGUGUAUUUUCCAAUCUCCCUUAAAAAUCUCUGUUGGGACAGAAAUAAUGAUAUUUUACUAGCAUUGGGAGUAUUAGGGUUUUCUGUUAACGUUCUCCUUUUUAUUUUUGUUUGUUGGUUUGUGUAUGUAAUUUGUUUGUAACAUAUUUUGUAUUUGUAUGUACUGUAAGUAUUUUUGCUCAUAAUAAAU